UUCUCAAGAACAAGUAAACUAGAGAGGAAAAAAACUGCUGAACUGAAGUAAUACUAUGCAUAACAAGCCUCAGGUCGAGGAGAGCUUCGUGAUACAAGUUAGAGGAGAAGAAUCAUCGCUUGGAAGACUCCCUCCUAAUAAAUCUCAGGCGUCGUCCAUCACCGCUUCGAAGCUGAAUCUCUCCUCCAUGAAGCUCUUCAACCGGUUCCGGAAGAUCAUCAUGCGCCUCGUCUUCCCGAGCUUCGCUCCCCGCAGCGGCUCGUCCGCCUCACCGGCGGCCGCGGGCUCGCGGCACCGGAAUAGCUGCGACAAGCCCGAGCCUCCGAAGAGCUCGUUCAGCUCGUACUACUCAUCCCAAUCCCACUACAACGAAGCGAUCGCCGACUGCAUCGAGUUCUUCAACAAAUCGUCGUCUCAGGACGGGUUUCCCGACGGGAGGAGAAGAUCUGACGUCAUGGUUUGAUGAGAGCUGUUAAAAUGUGAUGCCUCUCUAGAUAUACAUGCUGAGCUUCCAUUGCCUUUCAUGUGGUUGAAUUUUUCCUUUCGUUGGGUUGCUUUUAUCGCGAGCUACAACGUUGAAUAUACACACUUGGUUUAUCAGCUCCGACCAAGGACUUGGUCGGUAAAUGCGUGUGACGCUAUGUACUGCACAUUUGA